AUGUACGCUUCGGCCGAGUCAUCAAACUCGCUCCCAUCAUACGACGAGCCGCCACUGGCACCAGAGGCAUCUUUCCAAUCUGGAAGUUGCGUCACAGAAGUUCAAGAAUUGACGUCGUUCAUCCCCGCGUGCCGGUUUUCUAUUGCGAAGGCAGUGUUUCUCCGAGCUACCCAUACCUACGCCGAAGUUGUGUCCGCGACAGAAAAUGAGUCUCAACUUUUCGCCCAUGCGAUUCGGUAUUAUCGCACAGACAAGCUUAAAGGCCUUGGCUCACCCCACACCCAAGUAGUGAAACAGCAGUGCAUUGCUCCACGUAUACUAUAUGACAAGGACGUCAGCGGUGGUACUAGUACUACACUUCUGUACUUUCCACAAGCUGCCUUCGCACUACACGUUGCUCUUGUCAUUCCCCCUUAUCCAGGCUGGCAAAGUUGCAUCUGCGACGUCCGGGCCAAUAUCUGGAUUUUCCAGAAAUUCUUGAAGGGUAGAAGCGUUAUCCGUUACCAGAAUGUCGGUGUCAUAACGAUUUUCAUCUUGUCUGCAUUAUUGAUAGUUUCGCAACGCGUUAUUCCCGAAUUGAUCCAGUGGAAGCCUGGGAAGAGACACGUCUUGCCAGGCCAGACGCAAGUAGCGAAGCGCCUGCAGGAGUUUUGGAAUAUACGUGCUUCGACUUUUACGAACUUGAACUUGAAGGACAUCAUUGCGGCGGCCGUAUGA